GUGUCUACGAACGGAGAAGAAUGCGCGCAAAUCGGCGCCGAUAUCCUAGCGAGAGACGGUUCAGCCGUGGAUGCGGCGAUAGCUGCACUUUUAUGCGAGGGAGUCGCCUCCUUGCACAGUAUGGGAUUAGGUGGUGGCUUUCUGAUGACAAUUUGGGACGCGCGUACCAAAACCGCGGACUAUUUAGAUGCCCGUGAAACUGCACCGGCGAAAGCGACCGAAAAUAUGUUUGAUGGGGAUCCUAACCUGGCCAUGUACGGUGGCCUGGCGAUCGCAGUCCCAGGUGAGCUAAGGGGCUACUGGGAAGCUCAUCAAAAGUACGGGAAGCUACCGUGGUCCGAAUUGUUCGAACCCACGAUCUCUCUCUGCGCAACAGGAUCUCGCGUGAACAAUUACUUGGCCACUUAUUUGUCCAACAAGGAGUCGAUGAUACGGGCGGAAAGCUCGUUGGCGGAGAUUCUCAUAAAUCCAGCCACCAACGCCCCGUGGAAGGUGGGGGACAGAAUAAAACGGCCUCGUCUAGCGGAGACGUUGAAAUUAAUCGCGAAACACGGACCCUGGAUAUUUUACAACGGCACCAUCGGUGAUCAGCUGGUCGAAGAGAUCCAGGCAGCUAAGGGUAUCAUCGACAGGGCAGAUUUACGUGAUUACAGGGCGAAAUGGAAGAAACCGAUCGAAACGAAACUAGGAAAUCUGACGAUUAUCACAGCCCCGCCACCCGGUUCCGGACCGAUCUUAGCCUUCAUCAUGAACAUCCUCCGUGGAUUCGUGCCGGUUUACGACGAGGGGAUUACGUGGCAGCGUUUCGUCGAAGCGUUCAAAUGGGGUUACGCUCGAAGAACGGAAUUGGCCGAUCCUGAUUUCGUUCCCAGUGUCGACCUGCUGGUCGAGAAUCUGACGUCCAUCGAGUACGCCGAAACGAUUCGUGAGAAAAUCAAAGACUAUCAAACCAGCAACGAUCCGAAACACUAUGGCGCUGUUACGGCCACUCCGGAAGAUUCAGGAACGUCUCACGUGUCCGUACUCGCUCCUGACGGAUCGGCUGUAUCGGUUACGUCGACCAUAAAUCAGGUGUUCGGCGCUAUGUUACGUUCCAAGUCCACGGGUAUCAUAUUCAACGAUGAAAUGGACGAUUUUAGUUCGCCAAAUAUUACAAACGGAUUCGAUCUGCCUGCAUCACCGGCGAACUUUAUUCGCCCAGGGAAACGACCAAUGAGCUCUAUGACUCCAACGAUAGUUGUUGACGAAAGCAGAAACGUGCGUUUGGUGAUCGGUGCCGCAGGCGGCACGAAAAUCACGACCGGUGUGGUGAUCGGAAUGGUGUUGAACCUUUGGUCAGGAUACAAUAUAAAACAAGCGAUCGACGCGAAACGAAUUCAUCAUCAGCUACUCCCGAUGAACGUUCAAAACGAAAAAGGAUUCACUCCGAUCGUGUUGAACUAUUUAUCCAACAUUGGUCAUAACGUUACCACCUUCACCGGGAUCGGAAGUGCGAUCACGGCCGUGUCGAAAGAAGACGGAAAGCUGUUCGCCAGCUCGGAUUUUCGUAGACAAGGAAAAACCGCUGGUUUUUAGGCAAUUAUUUCCAUGGUUUGUUUCCGUUAUCUGCCUAUGGUAGACGAUGACCACGUGUAAACAAAACAGUCGUCGCACUAUAACGGUUUGUUUAAUGAACUAUGUACAGACACCUCUCGAUUAUUGUCUGGCUUGUUCUACACGAUUAUUGUCCAGGCGUUAUCCCCAACACUGGAGGGGGGGCGUGGAAUUUGUAAAGCGUAUACUUUGUUCCCCCUCCGAAUUUACGAGGAUCUGAAGCAUUUACCCCUAAAAGAUUAUUGUCCCGGCGUAGACCCGAGUUCGGGACGAUAAUCUAGAGGAGUCUGUAUAUCGAAACGACGCGCCGAAGUACUUUUUAAAUACCUCGAAAUACAAAUGACAAGUUACCAUUUCGCGAUAUAACGUAUUAGUGAAUUUUAAAUGUAUUAGUGCGAUAUAUCUCGGUAAAAAUAGAGAAUCUUUCAGUAGGAAACUUGAACUAACGUACAAAAAGAAUACAAAGACAUCGUAAUAUAUAUAUAGGGUAUAAAAACAAAAAUUGCAUUAUAUUUUCAACGUUUCUCAAAGACGAAACGCUGUAUCUCUUGUAAAACUACUAGCGUAUAAGUGUGUCCUG